AUGCGCAGCCCGACGCCCCAGCUCAUCCGCAUCGGCGUCCGGAACAAGGGCUGCGCCGGCCUCUCCUACCACCUCGAGUACGUCGACCGCCCCGCAAAGUUCGACGAGGUCGUCGAGCAGGACGGCGUCCGCGUCCUCAUCGACAGCAAGGCCCUCUUCUCCAUCAUCGGCAGCGAGAUGGACUGGAAGGAGGACGCGCUCAGCUCCAAGUUCGCGUUCAAGAACCCGAACAUUAAGGACGCGUGCGGGUGCGGCGAGUCCUUCACCGUCGGCUCGUAG